AUGGGCCAGGUGGCCACAGUCUCUGAGAAGUCCCGUAUAUUGGAGUUGGAGCGGGAUCUUGUGUUGAGGAAUAAGGAGGUAGCUGCACUCCGUAAGUCACUGGAAGCUUUACCAGGGCAGGAUGGGGUUACUGACUCCACCUUGGCAGUACUCCAGGAGGAACUCUGUUCCCUCCGUACACAGCUGGCCACUCAAAGGGAUAGUCACCAAGCAGAGCUGUCUUCCUUGCGUGAGAUGCUUGCGGCUCGAGAAAAAGAACACGGUGAAUCUCUGUCACAGCUACAGUCAUCCUCCGGUCGCUUAUCGAAGGAUAACGAGCAGCUUUUAGGUCAGCUGGCGAAAUCCAAGGAGGAGAAUUCAAAUAUCAUUGAGGAGUGGCGUGCUAAACUAGCAUCAGUUGAGUCCUCACACCAGCAAGCCUUGGAAGAGCUCAAAACCUCCCAUGAGGCAAGCAAAUCUGAGCUGCUAGAGGUUCACAAUGCUCUGGAACAGUUGAAAUUCACACAUAAACUGGAGCUCGAAGAGCUUGCUAACAAACAUGCUUCUGAAACCAUGGGGUGGACGGGUGAAGCCAAAGAGCACCAGGCACAGCUCCUGAAAGUCAGAGAAGAGAAUGAACGGCUGGUAGAAACACUACGCACCAAUUUGGAGAAGGCAGAGGAGCAGCACCUGGUGGAAAUGGAGGAGGUCUUGGGAAAACUUCACAGUGCUGAGCUCAGGGUAAAAGAGCUAGAGGACACGGGAGUUAAGUUAGGUCAGCAGUUGAAUGAAAAGUCACAAGAAGCUCUGGAGCAAAAAACAGCCAUUCAGACUCUGCAGUCACAGCAAAGUCAAGGGAACCAAGAAAUGCAAAGGUUAUUGACCCAAAUAGAGGAGGCAAAAAGCCAGUCCAGAUCUCAGGAAGAAAAGGUCACUAAGUUGAACUCAGUACUAGAGGGUAAACAGGAAGAGCUGAAUGGCCUGUUGCAGGAAAAGAGCUCUCUGGAGCAAGAAGUUAGUGAGCUGAAACAGAAUCUUGGAAAAACAUCUAAUGAUCAAGCCAAAUCUGCUCAGACUAAUCAAGAAUUAAGUGAGGAGCUCAGGAAUAAAGAGGAACAAUGCACAUCUCUCUCUGCUGAAUUACAGGAUAUAAAGAGUCAGUUUGCUGGUUUACAGAGAAAUUUGAAAGCAAACGAAGAAAGGAUACUGCUGCUGACCAAAGACAAAUCUAAACUUGAGAAUGACAUUAUGGACAUGACAAAGUCAUCAGGAGACAGUUCUACUCUAAUAACAAAGCUGAAUGAGGAUACCAAGGAGAAAGAAAGGAGACUAGACGAUCUUCAGAACCAGCUUGAAGAGGAGCGGGAGAAGGCAGCUCAGGCUGAGGAGAAAUGGUCUCAAGCACAAGUCCAGGCUGAGAAUGAAGCCAAAAUCCUUGAGAAGAGACACCAGGCAGAGCUUUCCAACAUGCAGGAGAGGAUCAAGCUUUUGGAGAAGGGUGCUGAAGACUAUCAGGCUAAAGCCAAAGACAUGCUUGCUUUGGGAGAGAAAGCUCUUGCAGAUGCUGUGGAACAGCAUACAAAAGAAAUGCAGGAAAUAAACAGGAAGUUUGAGAAAGUGCAACAAGAGCUCCAAAUGUCUCAGGAUGAAAGCUUGGAGCUGAGGAAACAGAUUGAGGAGUUGAAGACCUUCAAAGAAAAAGCUACAGUCUCAGAGAAAGCAGAACAGACUACACAGGCUUCACUGGAGAGACUGACCCAGGAGAACCAACAACUUCAGAAAGACAAAUCUGAGGCUGAGGCUCUGGUAACGCAGCUCAAGAACUCAAUGGAAGAAAUUCAGUGCAAGCUGGAUGCUUUGAAGCAGCAGAACUCACAGUAUCAAGAGAGUCUGAGUUCUGACAGUCAGAAGAUCUGCAGCCUAAGUAAAGAGAUUGAGGAGUUGAAACAAGCAGACUCUGAAAAAGCCCAGGCAGUUGAGGCUCUGAAAAAAGAGAAAGAAAAUCUAACACUGGAACUUGCCAGCAGUCACAAAGACAGUAACAUUCUGCUAAAUCUCAAAAAGGAGUGUGACAGUCUCAACGACCAAUUGAAGGAGAUGAAAAUGAGGGAAAGCACUUUCAAAAGUGAAUCAGAAAAGGAGAAAUCAGCACUUCAGCAGUCUCUUCAAACACAGAGUGGCUUGAUCUCAGAAAAGGACAAAGAAUUAGACUCUCUGAGAAACGAGCUGGAUGCUUUGAAGCAGCAGAACUCACAGUAUCAAGAGAGUCUGAGUUCUGACAGUCAGAAGAUCUGCAGCCUCAGUAAAGAGAUUGAGGAGAUUAAACAAGCUGCUGCUGAAAAAGCCCAGGCAGUGGAGGCUCUGAAAGAGGAGAAGGAAAAGUUAACCAUGGAACUUGCCAGCAGCCACAAAGACAGUAACAUUCUGCUAAAUCUCAAAAAGGAGUGCGACAACCUUAAUGAUCAAUUAAAGGAGAUGAAAAUAAGGGAAAGCACUCUAACAACCGAAUCAGAAAAGGAGAAAGCAGCACUUCAGCAGUUUCUCCAAACACAGAGUGCCUUGAUUUCAGAAAAGGACAAAGAAUUAGACUCUCUGAGAAAUGAGUUCAAAAAGGAGUGUGACAGCCUUAAUAGUCAAUUGAAGAAGAUAAAAAUGAGGGAAAGUACUUUAACAAAAGAAACAGAAAAAGAGAAGGAAGCACUACAGCAAUCUCUCCAAACAAAGAGUGCCUUGAUCUCAGAGAAGGACAAAGAAUUAGACUCUCUGAGAAACGAGAUAGCAGGUCUGCAUGAUAUGACACAGGUACUGCAGUCCAAUCUGAAGUCUCACAAGAGUGAGAAUACUUUACUGCAGGAGCGAGUGAAGAAUCUGGAGACGAGUUUAGCUGACGCUCAGAUCACCAGCAAAGGAGAUGAUGCCUCAGAUGAUUCUGCUUUAAAAGCAUGGAAGGAGGCAAAGGAGAAUGCUGAGCGGCAGGUUGAAUUCCUGAAUUCAGUUAUUGUGGAUCUUCAGCGGAAGAACGAAGACCUAAAAUCGAAACUAGAGAAGAUGGCUGAAGCAGCGCUCAAUGGAAAUGGUCCAAGUGAAAUGGACAGUCAUAACAGUCACACCGAGCCAACGAUUAAAAAGAAACCCCCUCCCCGUCUCUUCUGUGACAUAUGUGACUGCUUUGACCUACACGACACAGAGGACUGUCCCACACAGGACCAGAUGCUAGAUUCCCCACCACACACUACCUAUCACGGCAGUCCCAAUGAUGAAAGGCCUUACUGUGACAUCUGUGAGGUCUUCGGCCACUGGACAGAGUCCUGCAAUGACGAUCAAACGUUCUAGGGUCCUGCUUACAUGAUCACACAACAUUUGUACUUGCAAUACUAUGCCUUGAAUCAAACAGUGCACAAAAGACUAUUGUAGGUUUGUGUGGUUUUUCACAUGUAAGCCUAAACCUUUCAGUCACUUAAAAGCAAGCAUCUGUAGUUUACUCAGUAGCAAAUUUACCUGCCUUUUAUUGCACUGAAUGACUAUUAGGAUGAAAGAGGGUUUUAAGUUCACUUUGAAAUAACCUUGUAGUGAAUGCUCAUUCUUUAUAUGGUGGUUAACCAUGAAAUCUGGAAUCAACGGUUGUCUUAUAUGGUUAAAAGGUUGUAGAUCUUUGAACAUCAGUGCUGACUUUUAGUGGAAGGGAGGCUUGAUUUCUCAACAGCCUUUCACAUAUCAAGUUUGGAUGCUGUAAGAGAAGUGUUAAUAUAAAAAGUAAUUUAUUCUAGGAUUGUGAAAAUGUCAAAAUUUAUAUAUAAAAAAACGUAAAUAAGUAUGUUUAAAUCAUUCAUUACCUUAAAGAAUGACGGUUAUGAAAAUUGCAACUUAAGCCUGGAAAGAAAUGGAGGGGGAAAAAAAGGACGAUCAUCUCACUGUUUUUGUUUCUUUAAAGUCAUCAUAUGUUUCCCAGGUUGUUUGUGAGACAUUUAUUUGUACAAAUAUCAAAGUGGGGGACUUUUUUUUUUGAAAAUAAACUUCAAGAAAUAUCUUUUAAGUGCAAAAAAUAUUCUUUGUUGUGUUGUAUGUUAAUGCCAAUGUGCUGCUCUAAAAAUCUGUGUGUAUGGUCCUAAAGAGCAUCCUGAGCUGUCUGCAGAAAAUGUAGGGCUAUUUGGCUCUUGUCCAAGCCAGACAUUGUUUUUGGCCAUAAACUGCCUGACAAAUGAAGCAGUGAGUUACAAUAAACAUUGUUUUCCAAUAAGUUUUAAA